AUGGCGACUUUUAAAGAAACUCGCGAAAUUUUGCUGGCCAGCUAUGCCUCUAAUAUCAUUACGAUUGAAGAAUAUGCUUUGCUUUUAGAAGAAAACAGUUCAAACAACUUGGAUUUUCCGUACUAUAACUACCCGCCGUUUAACUUAGAGAGCCAAAGUGAAGCCGAGUGUAGGGCAAACUUCAGGGUGGAAAAGCACCAUAUUCCUCUGGUAGAAGAUGCUCUUCAAAUUCUGCAAUACUUCGUAUGCGACCAGGGAACUGUUUGUGAAGGAACAAAAGGGCUUUGCAUUCUUCUGAAGCGAUAUUCCUUUCCUUGUCGAUACUCAGACAUGAUACCUAUUUUCGGAAGGCCAGUAUCAGAACUUUGCAUGAUAUGCAACACCGUAACAGACUGGAUUUAUGCACAUCAUAGCCACAGAAUCACACAAUGGAACCGAACCAUUUUAAAUCCACUAGAGCUGGAAAAGUACGCGGAAGCUGUUUUUAAGCAAGGGGCGCCACUAAGCAAUUGCUUUGGUUUCGUAGACGGAACUGUGCGGCCAAUUACUCGACCCGGGGAAAACCAGCGAUUGUUAUACAACGGCCACAAACGCGUACAUGGAUUGAAAUUUCAGUCCGUGGUCCUACCAAAUGGGUUGAUUUCACACUUGUAUGGUCCAGUAGGUAAGGCGUGAUACUAGCAAAUUACUAUGCUUAUAAUCAGAACAAAGUUUAAAACAAUUGUGGAAAAAGUGAGUACGAAUUUCAUUGGCUUUUCCAUUGACUACCCUCACCCUCACCCCCAAUCGGCCCAUUUUCUCCUUGCUUCUCUCUGUCAGCAAUAAACAAGUAAACUGCCUGUGCAUAAAUAUUGCUUUUUAUCUAUAUACUUAAGUUCUAAUCUUGUCUAAACAGAAGGAAGGAAGCAUGACGCAGCAAUGUUGGCAGAGUCAGGCCUUUACAACAGUCUCCGGACACAUGCUGUCUCAACAACCGGCCAACCGAUGUGUAUCUAUGGGGAUCCAGCUUACCCACUUUGGAUACAUCUUCAGGCACCUUUCCGGCAGCAAGUACUGACUCCCCAACAGCAAGCUUACAAUGGUUCCAUGAGUGCAGUCCGCUCCUCUGUUGAAUGGCUUUUUUCUGAUAUUGUAAAUUAUUUCAAAUUUCUUGAUUUCAAAAAGAAUCUCAAGAUUGGGCCUAGCCAAGUAGGCAAAAUGUACAUCGUCUGUGCAGUCCUUCAAAAUGUUUUGACAUGUUUGUACAGUAAUUCAACAUCCCAGUUUUUUUACUUAGACCCACCUUCCCUAGAGGAUUACUUUUCCUAA